AUGCGUUUUCAAGCUCAAGUCCUCGCUGUUGCGGCAGCUGUCCCUCCCGUUUCUGCGCAGCUCAAUGAUCUUGCGAAGGCGGCUGGGAAGCUGUAUUUUGGGACCGCGACGGAUAAUAUGGAGUUGAAUUUGCGGAGCUCAAAGAAGAACGGGCAACUUCUCCGCUGCCAUAAUCUAGUCUGGCACUCCCAGCUGGCCCCAUGGGCUCUCAUCAACCACGUCACUGACGAAGCAAAGUACUGGGCUCGCCAAUGUUACGCCUGGGACGUGCUGAACGAAGCCCUGAACGACGACGGUACCUACCGUAACGAUACCUUCCUUACCUUCCUCGGGCCCUACUACAUAAAAAUCGCCUUGAAAGUCGCAGCAGCAGCGGACUCCCACGCCAAGCUUUAUUACAACGACUACGGCAUCGAGCAUGUGGGCAACAAGCCAAAUGCCGCGAGAGCCAACAUCAUCAAGUUCCUACAAGAUGAUGGGAUCAAGAUUGACGGGGUUAGACUGCAGAGCCACUUUACGGUGGGCAGAAGUCCGAGUCUGGAUGAGCAGAUCGCGGAUAUGAGGGAGUUUGCUGAUAUGGGUUCGGACAUGGCGGUUACAGAGCUGGAUGUUAGGUUGUUGGAGCCGGAGAAUAAUACGAAUUUAGCGAGCCAGAGUGAAGCGUAUAAGAAUACACUGGAGCAUAACUCCUGGACACCGGGUGUUUUUGCUGGAUAUGGAAGCGCUGGGCUUUGGUUUGCGAAUUUUACGAAACAUCCGGCUUACCAGGGGAUUGUGGAUGCAUUUAAGAAUGGGACAGUGACAAUCACGAGUCCGGUGACUGUUGGGAAUGGGACAGAUGAUUUGGGGGAGAUGGUUCGGACAACCCGUAUGAUAAUGGGGAUGCCGACGAGGAUGAUGAGAUGAUGGAGACGAUGGAGAUGAUGGAGAUGAUGGAGGUGAUGGAGAUGAUGGAGCUGAUGAUAAGGAUGAUGAUUCACCACAUCACCAUGGCUGGGGCGGGGAUGGGAGUAGGCAUGGGUGGGGAAGGAAUGGUGGAUGGGCAAGCAUGGAGGAUGGUAAGUGUACCAGUAUUAAAAGGAACAAUGUGGUAAUGGGGUGGUGAUAGUUCUGGUAUCAAAUGGACCAAUGAGUAGACAG